GCGUCUGUGAUGAGAUAUUCUGCCCCAGCCGAAGACCUCGCUCGUGAAUCUGACGCGUUAACGAUAGUUGCAUCGACUGAGACCCAGAGAAACGGGGAUCAACAUGUUUUGGACGGUGAUUAUCGCCGCUUUGAUGGCCACAGAGUCCACCAUGGCCAUCAAUGUGAAGUGCCCCACCAAGAGGUACAUCGCUAUCCUCUUCCAGCCUGUCAUCCUCACCUGUAACUUCGAUACGAGUGCCACUCAGCCGCCUGUAAUCACAUGGAAGUACAAAUCGUAUUGCCGGGACCCCAUCGCGGCCGCGAUGAACCCCAACAGCGCAGAGAACCUCCUGACUCAGAACAACCCCAACUACGACCCUAACAUCGAGUGUGCCGACAGCCAGAGGACGGUGCGCAUAGUGGCCUCCAAACAAGGCAAUGCGGUGACUCUCGGCUCAGAGUAUCAGGGUCGCAAGAUCAGCAUCUUAAACAAUGCCGACCUGAACCUCGCACAGACGGCAUGGGGCGACAGCGGCGUCUACGUUUGUUCUGUGAUCUCUUCUCAGGACCUUACUGGGAAUGGCGAAGACUACACAGAGCUAAUUGUUCUUGAGAGAAAGUCAAAUAAUUCUGACCUUCUGCCUGGGAUUGAGUUGCUGGUAAUGGAAGACUGGCUCUUGGUUCUACUGGUGGUUCUGGGCUUCCUGUUGCUGCUGCUCCUGAUUGGGAUCUGCUGGUGUCAGUGCUGUCCACAUACCUGCUGCUGCUACAUCAGCUGCCCCUGCUGCCCCGACCGCUGCUGCUGCCCACGGGCAUUGUAUGAGGCCGGUAAAGCAGUGAAGAAAGGCUAUCCCAACAACUAUGCUCUCACCCAAUACGCUCCCACCCAAUACGCUCCCAGUAUGUAUGCUCAGCCAGCGUACGGUGGUCCGAUGCAGCCUUCGAUGCCCAUGCUUCCUCUUCCCAAUGGAGCCGGACCCCCGCCUCAACACAACGGUUACGGUCGGGAUUACGACGGUGCCAGCUCAGUUGGACAGGGCUCCCAGGUGCCUUUGCUGCAUGAACAAGAUGGGGGAGGGGACCGCAGUGGGUACCGUAUCCAGGUGGACCCUGAUGGGAACGCCACACGUGCCAUUUACUACAUGGAGCGGGAACUGGCCAAACUGGACCCAUCCAGACCAAACUUCAACCGCAUGGACAAUAUGAGUGAAGUCACUUCCCUGCACGAUAGCGUGGAGGCUCGAGGCCGUGGCGGUCGAUCCCAGCCGCCACCUCUGGCCACGGUGUACGACCGUGAUGAAGCCAUGAGCACCAUCAGCAGUGUUUCACAGCAAGGCCGUCACCGGGAUGACUACCCACGGCACGGUGGAGGCUACAUGGGGGAUCGAACACGUGCCCGCUCCAUGGAGAACCUCGACGACAUCGGGCGCCGCUACAACCGAGACAACCACUCCCCCCACCGUGAUCCCAGAGGAAGGAGAGGUUCGGAUGAUGAGUGGAGCACCAGUGCUCGCGGCGGCGGCGGCGGCGGCGGCUACGACCGUGUCCCUGAUGACCGCAGGCGUCGCGACUACUCCCCUGAAGAUCGGCGAAGAGGACAGGGAGGAGCCCCCAGUGACCUCUCUGGGAAACGCAGCCGCAGCCGCGAUGAUCUGAUGGACAUGGAGAGGGAUCGGCGGUACGCUGGUGGAGCCAGGGGCGGUCGGGACGAUUACGAUGACGGCUUAUUGCGAGAGGCUAUGGAGAGGAAGAAGAUGGGCGAGCAGCAGCGGACACGCAGCCGGGAACACCUGGACAGCGAGAGUGACCGCUCGGACCGGGGCAGGGCACCUCGCGGGCCUCCAGCUCUUCCUCUGAUCCCGCCCUCUGGAUACCCUGGUCGCCGUGAUGACUACCCUGCUCCUCCACCUCCACCUUACAGCGAUGAGGAGAGUGUGUCCUCUUCAAGGAAAACCAACCUCCGUAAGAAUGGAGCGGUGAGCCGGGAGAGCCUGGUGGUGUAAACCAUGACGUGGACAACGUGUCUGAUAACGCAGCUUUAAUCCGCCUUGAGAAAAGGACCAGUUGAUUUUUUUUUAAACUGUAAAUAUUAGUCACAUCGCUAAUUUGCUAUGCUGAUUUUUUUUUACAAUGCUUAACAAACUUAUCACAAAUUUAAUGUGUAUGUAUACUUUUCCAAAAGGAAAGAGGUGAACAAACUAAACACUUUGUGCCUUUUCAUGUAUAAAAGAUUGUGGCUGCCACAAGUGCCUUAGCGUGUACAGAAUAUAACAUGUCGAUUUGAGUUGAUCCAUAAAUCGUGUAAAGGUGUUAAUUGUUAACACAUAAAACUGAUUUGUUUCAACUCUGGCCGUUAUACAGGAACAGAUGUAGAAUUUUAGGGGUUAAUGGGGUUUUGUCUUAUUUAGUUUUUCUUUUUUGAUUGUGAAAAAACUGUUUUUAUAAGAACCUUUUGAUUUUAGUUUGUUCUCUCAGUCUUGUUUAGAAAACUGGGGGAACAAAAAAGUUGUAUUUACCUUUUUACUUUGAGUUUUAAGCUCCAGUUAAUUGUACAGCCCAGCAGUAGUAUUCUUGUAAUAUGUGAAUUGUGAUGAUGAAAUCUGAUUUUACAAUAAAUGUCUCCCUUGCCAGGUCA